AUGACUCCUGGUGCUUCUAAACCCACCAAGAAAUCCUUGGGCUUGUUUGACAACGCAUUGUACAUUGGGGAUGAUGCUAUGGCCACAUCGUUGAGAAAAGCCCUCGAUGCUUUGGAUAUCGCGUCUAAGAAAGGUAUUGAUCCUCCCAUUUUCGUCAUCGGCGACAACAAUGAUCCCCUAUCGCGGCCUAUCUUUGUCCGUGUUGAAGACCUCAAAAAUGCCCCCUUUGAUGUCUUGCAAGAGUAUGUCCAUCCUCAUGCCUACCCAUAUCCUGCAUUGUCGCCAGUGUUUGAACCAGAACGAAGAGCACAUCUCCACGCACAAUAUCGGGGUGGUCUAUGGUAA